GAGGAGGUAGUAAUUCGUAAAACUUGUAAUAUUUAGAGUUUGUUUAUGAAUCGAGCGCGUUGCUUGGCAAAAUUAACGGUGAACUUAGAUGGUUCCACCCCCAUGAAAUGUCGCUCGCUUGGUCGGGUCGUGCUCUGGCAGAGCCGAGCUCUCUUCCUAUGUGGGGAGAGAGACCACGUGAAGCGGGCGUCGGGCACGGAUAACAAAAGUUUUAUCUUCGUGCGCGUGCCUGCUUUACGGGGCGAUGCGGGGAGAUAUUAAUAAAAGACGUUGAAAAAGAUAGAAUCUCACGAGCUGUGUUCGCAGAGGGGGGCCCAGUCGUAUUGUACGGACCGCGCAUGUACAUAACGCGGGCUGCCCACCGCUAAUUGUCGCAGCGUAUGUUGAAGCCCCGACGUUCGCCUGCAUUCCUGCGCCCGGAGACGAGCUGCGAUGACGGGCGAGGGAGACCUGGGAUCGGGCCGACCAAGGGAGGAGAAACCUGCGGCGGGCAACGUUUGAAAGUUAAAGAAGGGGGCCUUCGUCCGUCCUCCCCACCCGAUUGUCUCCCCCCGGCCUUCGGGACUGGGUGUCGCAGGCGCAGUCGGGGGGGGGAGCACCCCGGCUGGCGUGCGAGGAGGAGGAGGCUGGGAGCUCGGGGUGGUUGGGGAGCCCUGCCGGGGGAGCGCGGAAACACGGAGCGGUCCGUGUUGGGGGCCAAUAAGGCGGCCAGAGAGAACAGGCUAGCACGAGGUCCCUCGUAGGAGGCUAGGCCAAAACGGCGUGUGACCUGCUUUGUGCCUCCUCUGCCGCUUUGUGAGGCUACGCGCGGGGGAGUCGGGGUUGGUAGCGGGGCUGAGAAGAGAUUGCGGCAUUCGAGGGUUAGCGGAGAAGUCUUCUUCACCCGUCGGAGGCCCCAAACCAAGCGGGAGCAGCAGCCAUGGAGGAGCAGACGCUCCUUGACAGUGGCCUCUCGCUGCUUCUGGACACCGAUCUGGCCGCGCUGCAAAAAAACAUCCAGGCCACGUCUAUCGGCCAAACCGCAAGAUCAAAAAUUGAAUCCAUUCUGCAAGAAGUCCAUAAGUUCACGGACAAUGAGAAGCUCUACCUCUAUCUUCAACUACCUUCGGGUCCCAGCAAUGGGAUUAAGCACGAACACAGCAAGAUGACUGCCAACCGCACGGACCAGAUGCAGGCGUUCUCAUGGAUUCGCCAGCAUCUGGAGGAGCACAACGACACGUCCCUGCCCAAGCAGGAGGUGUACGACGAGUACAAGGGAUACUGCGAAAACCUCGGCCACCGGUUCCUGAGUGCGGCCGAUUUUGGGAAGCUCAUGAAGAACGUCUUCCCGAAUAUGAAGGCUCGCCGCCUCGGCACACGCGGCAACUCCAAGUACUGCUACAGCGGGCUCAGGAAGAAGGCUCUCGUGCAGACGCCGUCCCUGCCUAGCCUCGAGGUUGGCAAGAAGGGAGACCCGAACGAGUGCAGCGACGGUGGCGCUGGCGGCGCCGGCGGCCAGGCCGAGUGCCUGGAGCAGCAGAUCGUGGGGGCGGCCUGCAGCCUGGUGUGCGAGUGGGCCCAGAAGGUGCUGAGCCGGCAGUUCGACACGCUGCUCGACCUCGCGCAGUACCUCGUCAACAACAGCUGCGUGCCGCGCAAAACGUCCUACGCCCUCGUCGUCAUGUCGCCCUCCGCAGCCGGCCUCAAGCACUCCUCCCUGUGCCAGCCGUCGGCGUUCUUCAAGCCGUCCGAUGGCUCCACGAUCCAGCUGGGCGCCGUGCCCGGCGCUGGGCUGACUGUCGCGGCGGGAGGAGGAGGAGGUGGUGGUGGCAGUGCCGCCAUCGGGAGCGACGCCAAGCAGCAGUUGCAGCGCAAGAUUCAGCAGAACUCUCUCAAGCGGCAGCAGGAGCCUAAGCAGCAGCUGACUGUGACAAAUGCAUCGCUGAAGGUGGGCGGUGGUAGUGGUGGUGGCGGCGGCGUGGGGGCACAGCCCAGGACGAGGACCCCGCAGGUGACCGCCGCGGUGGCCCAGCCCGCGCCGGCGGCGGCGGUGCCGGCCGGGCACGCGGCCGGCACCGCAGAGACCUCGCUGGCGGCGAAGGGGCGGCCUCCGCCGGGCGACGUUGGCGUGCGCGCCACCUGCGGCGUCGUCAACAACGCCACCUGCGCCAGCCCGAUGAUGCUGUCGCCGUCCAUCAACUUCGUGCUCACCGCCAUCCCCAAUAACUUCCAGGUAAAGUCCACCAAGUCUCUCGUGCCUCCGCAGAGCCCGGUCCACACUCCCGAAGCGAAGCGCCUUCCCCAGAACGUGCAGGUGGUCGCACAGCACAUGCAGCUCGUCCAGCAGCAGCAGCAACAGCAGCAGCAGCAGCAGCAAAAUAACGGCGGCAACGGCGGCACCAACGGCGCCGGCAGCAACGGCAGCGUGACGCCGUCCAUCCUGUCGAGCAGCCCGAUCGGAGACCGCCUGGGCAAACCGCGAUACCCGCAGAUCCUUCCCAAGCCGCUGGCGCCGGCGGGCUCGUCGGGCGGCUCCAUUCAGAUCAGCACGUCCACGACGGCCGUCAUCCUGACGCGCAGCAGCCCCGUCAAGCCGCUGGUGGUGUCCUCGGCGUGCGGCGCCGCGGCCUUCUCGUCGUCCUCGUCGUCUCUGUCGUCGUGUUCCUCGUCCUCCUCCUCGUCCCCGUGCGUCGCCGCCUCCGUCGCCGCUUCGGCGCAGUCGCCCAAGCCGAACCACGGCGGCACGGCGCAGCAGCAGCAGCAGCAAAUCGGCAUCGUCAACAUGAUCGUGACGGCGGCGGCGGCGGUGGCGGCGCAGGGCAAGGCGCACACCGGCAACGCGCUCCGCAUCGUGGAGUGCUCGGCCGGCGUUGGCGGCAGGGCCGAGGGUGCGUCCGGCUCCAGCUCGGCUCCGUGCUCGCGUGCCGCCACGCCCGGCGCGCCGAGGCCGGCGGAGGCGAAUCGCGACGGCCCCUCGCCCGGCGGCGCCGAGCAGAAGCGCACGCUCGUGCCGCGGCCGGCGUCGCGGGCGCUGCCCGCCUGGGCGGAGAGGGACAAGGCGUCGGCCGGCGUCGCCGCCGCCUCCCCCGUUGAGGAGGAGCGGCGGGGGGCCGUGGGACAGCCCAACGGGCCCCUGGCGGGCCGGCCCCCGUCGACCGGCGCCAAGAAGCAGUGCGGCGGAGCCGUGCGCAGGUCGCCCACGGUGAAGGCGACGGCCCGGAGGAGCGCGCCGAAGAGUCCGCGCAAGCGCCUCACGGAGCCGAUGAACUUACAGCAGCAGGCGUCGCCGGUCAAGCGAGCCAUGCGCGCGUGGGCCGCGCCCGCGGACGGCGGCAGCGGCGGCACGGCACAGGAUGGUGCAGACAUCCCCGUGGCCAACAACGCCAGCGCACCCGCUGCCGCUGCUGCCGCCGCUGCCGCCGCUGCUGCAACCACCACCUGCCCCUCGCCCAGCGUAGCGCCGGGUGGCGGCACUGGCGGCAGCGGCGGCGGCAGAGCGGCCGUGCCGUUGGCGGUCUCCGUGUCGCAGCAGGACGACGCGUCUCGCGGCGAGGCGGCCGGCGCGGGGAACCUGAAGCGAGAGUCCGCGGAGGCGCCGUCGCCGCCGCCGUCGCAGCCCAAGGUGCAGAAGGUGCUGUCGCCGGAGCCUGCGCCGGCCGCUUCGGCGCAGCCCUGCAGCCCGGCCCGGGACGAGAACCUCCGGCUGGCCGAGCCGCACGACCAAACGGCGGCGGCCGCGGCGGCGGCGGCGGCGCUGCUGGCGGCCGUCGCAUCGCGCAGCGCGUCGAGCAAGCUGUUCGAGACGCAGGCCGGCGCGGCGGGAGGAGCGUACGGGGGGGGCGGCUGGCCUUACCCGCACGGCGACGACGACGACGACAAGACGCGCGACAGCAUCGUCGAGGAGCUGGUCGAGCUGGAGGAGCAGAUGGCGCUGUCGAGCGCCGCGUCGCUCGCCUUCGGCGGCGCGGCGACGCCGUACGGCACGGGCGCCAGCACCACGCCGUGCCCGACCCCGACGCCCACGCCCACGCCGUCGCUCACGCCCACCCAGGAGCUGGUGUCGCUGCUGCAGGGGGCCGGCGCCGUCGGGACGCCGUGCUCGCGGCCCGGCUCGCGCAUGCUGGUGGGGACGCCCGUGGAGGGGCCGGCCGCGAUGGGCGGCGGCUGCGGCGGCGGCGGGGGGGGCGGCAGCGGCCACUCGAGCAGCUGCGGGGGUAGCGUGCCGCCCAGCCCCGUGGACGGCCGCCACUCCUUCAUGUUCACGCCCAUCAACUCCGGCGCCGGCGUCUACCCCAACGGCGGCGGCGGUGGCGGCGGCGCCGGCGCGGCGUCGAGCGGCGUCCCCAAGCCAAUGCAGCGGCCCACGGCCACGCACGCCAGCCUGCCGUGGCUCAGCAAGCCUGAGGCUGGCGGCGGCGGCGGCGUGGCCCAGGGCCUGCUGGCGACGGACGGAGACGGCGCCAACAUCCUGCCGAGCUACCAGGAGUCUCUGGACAACAAGUUCAGCAAGUCGCACGCGUUCGGCGUCCCAGGGAUGUCGUCGGGAGCGCCGGCGCAGCGACAGUACCCCUGCGGCCAGGAGCCGAUGUCGGAAGCGCAUUUCUCCCUCUUGCACCACCAACAACAACAACAGCAGCAGCAGCAGCUGCACCGGCAGCUGCGGCCGUCGACAAUGGUGCUGACCAACGGCGGCGGCGGGCGUGGCGCGAGCGGCACGAGCGCCAACCUGCACGAGUCGUUCGCCGUACCGGCGCCGCUCGACGGCAAGGGCUCGGCCGGCGGCGGCAACUGCUCCCUGCUCUACCGCUGCCAGCACAGUCCCGCGGCGCAGCGGCAGAGGAACCUGAGCGGCAGCCUGGGGCCCGUGCGAACCCGGCCCAGGCCCGGCGCGGCGGGCGGGGGGGCGCCCCUCGCGGCCCUCUUCAACCCGGAGGUGCACGCGGCGUUCGCGGACCGCGGGGCGGCCGGCGGCACGGGCGGCGGGGACGGCCCGGCCGGGGCGGCGGCGGGCCCCGGCCAGGCCGGACGCAGCCACUCGGUGCCUCUGUCGGUCAUGAUGCAGACGCCCUUCUCCGCGACGUGCAGCAAGCACACGCCGACGUCGCGCAAGAUCGAGAACGUGCUGCUCAGCAAGCUGGAGGGGGCCGGCGGAGACGCGGGCCGUGGCAUCGGCAUCAACAGCCUCCCGUCCAACUACAGCGCGCGGCGCAAUCUCACGCAGAUGCUCGAGACGCCGCCGCCGCUGCUGCAGCACCAGCACCAACAGCACCAACAGCACCAGCAGCAGCACCAACAGCAGCAGCAGCAGCAGCACCAACAGCAGCAGCAGCCUGUCGUGCUGAGUCCUGGCCCCAGUCCCCACAGCCCCAGCCCGGUCGCCUUCAAAUUUCAGGAGCACGGUCACCACCACCACCACCAGCAUCACCAUCUGCAACAUCUGCUUCAACAGCGGCAGCAGCAACAGCUGCAGGGAUUUUAUCAGAUGGGAGGCGGCGGACAGUGUCAUGGGGUCACUGAGCAGAACUUGGCCGCCGCGCUUACCCCGACGCCGACGCCCACCCCCACCACCGGCUUCACCGCGACCGACGACGAUGAUCACGUCGCGGCCCCGGCAUUCGCCGACUUCGUGUCGUCCCUUCAGGCCGAUCCGGACGGGCAAGCGGAGCCGGACGGGCAAGCGGAGCCGGCCGCGGCGUGCGCCGAGAUGUACGGCGGCGGCGGCGGCGGCGGCGGCGGCGGCAGCGACCCGGAGCGCGGCGUCGCCGACGGCGGCGGGAACGGCGACGGAAGCGACGACGGCGCGGCCAAAGCCGGAGCCGACUUCGUGACGGGCCUCGGCGGCAUCGCCGACCUGGGCUCGAACCUGUUCUUCGAGCAGUGCAAGGCGAACUGCGCGGACGCGCCCGACGGCGAGACGACGAUGGUCGACAUCAACGACCCGAUCUUCCAGGAGCUGUGCCUGGAUCCCGGCGACGCCCUGAGCCCCGCCACGACGCAGGCAGUGGCCGCCUCGUCCUACGAGUGGAUGGACGGCAAGACUCAGACUAGCAUCGGCAGCAUGUGACUUGCGGGGGCGAGGGGGUGCGGCGAUGCCGUCGGGAUGAGGAGGAGGAGGUUGUGUUGUCGUUGAUCGUUGUUGGUUGUGGCGGGGGUGGGGGUGGCGAGGUUGGGACACCUCCACAGCAAGAGGGAGGCACCGUCCAAGACGAAUUUUUAAAUGCCCCCCUCCCCGAAGGCUUUGUUGCGCCAAUACUGCACAUUGAGCGUUUGUGUUGUCAGUUUAACUGCUGUCAUUUGAUGUAUUUUACCUAGGGGGACAGACAGACUUGCUGAGUUUUUAGGAGUUGGAAUACCGAUUGGGAUUUUGGUCAGUUUAGGGUUUCUUUUUUUUUAAUUCAGUUGAAGUUGUUUUUACGUUUUGGUUUUUCUUGUGUCUUUACGAGAGAGGAAAGUCGACCGGUCCAGAACGAAAAACUAAACUCGCACAUACGGUCGGAGAAUCGCUGAUGUCCGUACGCACAGUGGGCCGCGUCACACGGUGUUUAGCAUCCAAAUUACACAGAGAGCGGUGCACUUGUGAAACUAUUAGCUUUGAAUAUCGGUGAAUUCAACAUUAGUUGCAGGCAACAAUCUGGCAUUUCUUCAUUAAUGUUAAAUGUCCGUGGCACCAUUUUCUGCAACUCUCCCUCGUCAGUCGGUUUAACACGCAGGCUUCACUUCACCCAUUGUGCAAGGCACGUUCUCGGGAGAGAAGGGAGUCCUAUCUAGGAGUAAUUCAUCGAUCUUUAUGAACACUCUUUGAUGUCCAAGGAAAUUGCAGUGCAAAGAGAGAGAGAGAGAAAACAAAGGAGGCGUGUCGAUGCCCACGUUCAACUUUGCUCUCAUCCCAAUCUGAUCCAGCAACGUGACCUCCGGAAUAGUGGACGGCCAUCCGGACGGUGAAGGCACGAUUCUGCGACACGCACUUCUUUGCGCGUCGUAAACAUCGGACGCGUCUUUUUUCAUUUGGUGGAAGGGCACUCCACAUCUCUCACCCGUUGCGCAUUGUUAACCUGUUGGGCUUGGCCUGCAAACCUGGCUGGCCGGGUAGACGAUGUGGGAGGGGUGAGAUCGUGGCCGGGCCAGGUUAUGCGCUGUCCACUGUGUUGGGGGGGAAGUUGUGAACCCUGUUGUGUAACGUCAUUUUCGAAAAUGAAGGCCCGUCGUGUUCUUUCAGAUGUUUUGCAUCGAAUUCCAUAUCUUGAAUCACGCGUUUCAAAAAAAAAAAAGAAUAUUGGUGCCCGUUUAACGUCGGAUAGCCACAGGCAUCUCCCCCGUCUUAAGUGGGACGUUCGUAACGAAUCUCACCUGGUGAGGUAACGGACGAACAGUCGUUAUUGCUGUCCGUAAAGGCUCGAACAACAAGGAUGUGGUGUUAGUGAACCUGUGCACUGCAUUCCCGCACGACACGAGUGCCUCCUGAAGUAAACGAAACAGCGAGAAAAACCUGCAAGAGCCACCAUGGGCCACAGCUCCACGGCUGACUCCUGUAACUCAGCUGGCCAUUUACAGACCUCGACUCCAAUCUUCCCCUAUUGUCCGAAUCCGAUAAUAAUUAUAGCCGAUUUAACUCGUAACGACACACUCCCCCGUUAAUUUCCAUUUUUAAGACGUCCAUCGCCCUCCCAUUCCCCCCCCCCCCCCCGUAUGCGUGGUGAGAUUGUGUUGUACACAUCAACUGAUAAACACAGCUUUUAUAUAGAGUAGGUUUUUAAUUAUGGUUUGGAUUACGUGUAUUAUCAUUUGUCAGGAAAAGCACAGCAGCAGCGGCAGCAGCCACGACUGCUGCUCGUAACGGAAAGCUCGCUGGGCGGCGGCCGCGUGUGGCCUGGCGUGGCACGAGGCCUUCCGGUGAACGUGGAGCCUCUUGGUGUCUUCGAUGUUUGUUGUGCGAGUCCGGGGCUUUGGGCCACGUUGAGGGCAGUGACGAAGGAGGAGGAGGGGGUGGCGGCAUUGCAGCCUUCGUGCCAGCUGAUCGGAAGCUGAGCCGUUCGUCCUUCGAGUAAACGUUCCCACGGGGGCCGCAGCUGGCGACUGGCAUUUGAUGCUUGAGGCGUCCAUCUUUAAUCGUUUGUACAUUUCAGUCGGUGGGACGAUGUAAGAUGGCCUUCCCCCCCACCCACACAGCGGUGUUAUUAUCUGCCACCUGUACGGAAAAUAACUGCGAUUCCACCCUAGAAGAACGAUAAUACAUCUCGUGGCGGCUCAAGUGAAUAGAGCAUUGGGCCCGACCCUCCUUUCCGUCCACAGAUGUGACCCAAAGCCCCCCCCCCCCCUCCCCGUCUCCUGCAACCGUGUUUGACCUUGAUGCUCCCACAGCUUAAAAAACUCAGUCGCUACUGGCAACGAAAACACAUUUUUUUAAUGUUUUGUUUCUUUUAUAUAAUAUAAAGUGUCUCAGUACUUUUUUUUUUAAUCUCCUUAGAGUUUAAUAAUCGUGACCUUGUUUUGUUUUUCAUGUUAAACGUGAAAUUUGCAUACGGCAAAAAAAUCAUUAUUUUGCACUAGUCAUAUUUGUAAUUUGCCAAACGAAAAAUGUUGCCAUCGAGUUUUGUGUUGUUAGGUCACCGUGUACAGACUACUCUCCGUAGGUGUCACUUGGUGUUGUCGGGACACACCUGGCCGCUAACGCUGCAACGUUCACGGGCAGAAAAUGCAUUUCCAGGUGCUUCGCGUGAAUUUGACCCUCUCUCUCUCCAACCUUUGAAUUCAAGUGCAGCCGUUUCUAAAUCUCAUUUUUUAGAAAGUCGGGAGACAUUUCGAGUGAAAUUAUCCAGCCUGAGACUGACCACUUCCAUCGCUCUGACGGUGGUCCUGUGGAUAUAUCAUGCUGACAAAUUCGCUUCUCCUCAAAAACCAGCGCGCACCUUGUGUUCAGAUUUCAAGCGCUUUGAAGUCAAUUUUUUUUACAUUAAAAAAAAUAUAUAUACUAAACUGUCGAGGCGUUUUUUAUUUGUUUAAGUGGCAUUUGUGGCAGCAGCGGCGGCGGCACAAGUUAAACGUCAUUGUCAAUGAUGCAAGCUGCAGGCGUACGAAUAUCAAUUGUUAGCUGUCGUGUAGAGUUGGGUUGAUAAAACACAGACAUCUCGUGAUAGACCCGCACAUGUUCCACUUAGCAGCAUCGUGCGUUAACUUUCAUCGCCGUUAGCAGUUUGGCGUGGGAGCCACAGUUUCCCCAGGUCCCAAGAAUGCCCUGUCAUUUUUAACAGGGCAUUGUGUACAAAAUGCACCACGGGCUCCAGAGUGAGUGAUACAAAGAAAAGACCCCGUUGCAAUAUUUGCAAGUCUGGUUUUCUAUUUUUUUGUUGUUGUUGUUGUCGUCUUUCCCGGAGUCAUUAGUGCAACCUUGACCCGUAAAAUGUAACAGCGGCUGUACUCAAUCAAUAAACGAGACGGUUUAUCCUGCAUAAA